UUGAAUUUUGAUUGUUUAUACUCGUCGAUUUGAGCUAAUUGGCGCGAUCUCUGGGGAAUACUGAUGAGUUCGAUGAUGGACGAAUCCCAGGUUCCUAUGACCGAGUAUGAGCAGAUUAAGUUCAAGAUGAAUCAAACGACUGACGAGUCACUGGAAGCCUCUCGACGGAUGAUGGCUUUAUGUGAGGAGGCCAAAGAGGCAGGGAUUUCUACACUGGUCAUGUUAGAUGAUCAAGGCGAACAAUUGGAUCGCAUAAAUGAGGGUAUGGAUCAGAUUAAUCAAGACAUGAAGGAUGCUGAAAAGAAUCUGGAUGAUCUAAACAAAUGCUGCGGACUUUGCGUGUUGCCUUGGAAUAAAGUUAAAAAGAAAGAUGAUUAUACCAAACAACUAAAGGAUGAGGAUAUGCGGGGUGGGGACGGACCUCGAAUAAUUGUGGAUCAAAACGGCAUGGGUCCAACUGGUGGUUAUAUUACACGAAUUACAAAUGAUGCACGAGAAGAUGAAAUGGACCAAAAUUUGCAGGAGGUUUCUGGUAUGAUCGGAAAUCUUCGUAACAUGGCUAUUGACAUGGGUAGUGAAAUUAAUCAGCAAAAUGUUCAAGUUGAGCGAAUACAGAUCAAGGCUAAGUCAAAUGCUGAACGAAUUAAAAAGGCUAAUGAACAAGCCAGUAAAUUGUUAAAAUAAGUUACAUGGAUUCGUUGAGUUUUCAUCAGAAUAUUGACUGCUGGAGAAAUCCUUCAAUUCUUGGUAAAUUACUUCGAACACAGACUUUUCACAGCCACUUCCGUGUGCAUACGUGAAGCUUUUUGUGAUAGUGCUUCACCAAGUCCUUUAUAUUCAUCUAUUUUGUUUAUAUAUUUAUCACAAAUCAAUUCAAGGGAAGUUUGUGAAGUGUGGAGCUGAAAUUUUUUGUUAUUGCUGUUGGCUCUUAUGGACAUUAAAUUUCUGUCAUUCUCAUAUACUUGUUUAUGUUUUCGAUUUAUUUCGUUCUGUAAAGUCAUUAGUUUCCUCUUUUUUGGUGAACAGCUUUAUUCUGAGUUAUCCUUGUCAAAGUUAUUAUUCGCUAUUGUUUUCCUCAUUUUAUUUUGGUUCCUCUCAAAGUUGACACUCAAUACAUCGAUUUCAUGUUCAAAACUACACAUCUCACUAUCCACUCUUUAAAGUCCAAUUAAAGAGUUGUUAUCUAUCCACAUAUUGAGGCUUAUUCUCUUGUCAGUUUUGCUCUCAUGUUUACUAAGAUUCAUGAUUACCACCUACUAUUGAUGAUUUAUCAAACUAUUGUACUGGUAAUAAAGACUGAAAUGAAAAAAAACCAACAGUGAUUUUACUACUAUCCUUGCCAUCCUAAAACAAGUUCACUUUUCCUUUGAUUUGUGCUUUUCUUUUCUAACAUACUUUUACGAGAUGUCAUUUUUUCCGAACAACUGAUUAUCAAUAUGAGAUAUAAUACAAAGUUGAUUUAUAAAUCAUGUAA